UCUCUCUCUCUCUCUCUUGCUGAUACAGCGGAGGUGGAGAUUUCCAAUCCCACCCAGUCACAUUGAGAAAGGAGGAUUUGGUAAGGCUUCCCCAGGAGAAGCCACACUGAGGAAAUUCUCAGCAGCAGCUUGAACUACACUUGGAGUGGGUUUGCAGUCUCCUAUGCACGGAAUUGGGGGCAGAAGCAGCUGCAUAUUCCCCGGGUGAGAGCCUAGAGGGAGCUUCAUGGUGAAGAAGUGAGAAGGAUCACACUGAAACAUUGAAAGAAGUAUUUCAUUGAUUGUGCCUGCCAUUCAAGACUUUAGGAUGGAAACCUUUUGUUUAAGAGUCUCCUUGCUACUGCUUGUCGCUGGAUGUGGCCUCAGCGACAGUUCUGACAGAUAUUACACCAAUCUGAGUGAUUCUGGAAACUAUUUGACCACCUACUCUGGACUAGAGCCCAGCUUACUCCUUACUACUAUCCGACCCAUGGUACCCAACAAAACAGACUAUUGCUCCGAACCGGCCAAAAUUGCUGACACUUUCAAAUACAUUAACACAGUGAUAUCUUGUAUUAUUUUCAUCGUUGGAUUGGUUGGGAAUGCAACUUUGCUGAGGAUCAUUUACCAGAACAAGUGUAUGAGGAAUGGCCCCAAUGCGCUGAUAGCUAGCCUGGCACUCGGAGAUCUUAUCUAUAUUGUCAUUGAUAUUCCUAUCAAUGUAUAUAAGCUUCAUGCUCAGCGGUGGCCAUUUGAGGAUUCUAAUUUCGGGCUGUUUCUUUGCAAAUUCCUCCCCUUUAUACAGAAGGCAUCAGUGGGCAUCACAGUCCUCAAUCUCUGUGCCCUUAGUGUGGACAGGUACAGAGCAGUUGCCUCCUGGAGUCGUGUUCAGGGAAUUGGUGUUCCCAUGAUCACUGCUAUUGAAAUUUUCUCCAUUUGGAUUCUCUCCUUUAUACUGGCUAUUCCAGAAGCAAUCGGUUUUGUCAUGAUAUCUUUCAGAUACAAAGAUGAAAAUCAUAUUACCUGCAUGCUUAAUGCUACAAACAAGUUUAUGAUGUUUUACAAAAACGCAAAGGAUUGGUGGCUGUUUGGAUUUUAUUUCUGUGUGCCACUAGCAUGUACUGCUGUCUUUUACACACUAAUGACUUGUGAAAUGUUAAACAGAAGGAACAGCAAUUUGAGAAUUGCCCUCAGCGAACAUCUUAAGCAGCGUCGAGAAGUUGCAAAGACAGUUUUCUGUCUGGUAGUGAUUUUUGCCCUUUGCUGGUUUCCUCUCCAUUUGAGCCGAAUUUUGAAGAAAAUGGUAUACAAUGAAAGGGACCCUAACAGAUGUGAACUGCUCAGUUUCUUGUUGCCACUGGAUUACAUCAGCAUUAACCUGGCAACCAUGAACUCUUGUAUAAACCCCAUAGCUCUCUAUUUUGUGAGCAAGAAGUUUAAAAACUGUUUCCAGUCAUGUCUCUGCUGUUGCUGCUACCGAUCCAAAAGUCUAGUGACUUCAGUGCCAAUGAAUGGAACAAGCAUUCAGUGGAAAAACCAUGAACUAAAUAACCACAAUACAGAUCGAAGCAGCCAUAAGGACAGCAUAAAUUGAGACUGAAGGACACUGAGACCACUUCAGAAUCCAGGAGGAAAAAAUGUCACAUGAAAGCUGUUUAAGAGGGAAUCCACUGAGUGUUCCACAAAAUAUAAUCCAUUCAGAAGUUCUUUGCCCUUCUACCUAAUUUCAGUGGUGAUUUAAUGGAUUGACUAUAAAUUUAAAGAUCUGCAAAUUGGGAUCCUCUUGACAAUGUUGCUGUCUCUGAAAAUUACAUUCACCUUCUUAAUGAAAAAUGAAAGACUCACUCAGCACUGUGCAGGAUGUUUGCAAUCUUUGACCCAAGCAGGAAGUGUCCAGUGUGUACCUGGUACCCAGCAAUCUUUUUACUUGAUAGUCAAUUAGAAUUAGUCACCAUGGGAUUUUCAGAGGAUGUUGAAUGUGGAAUCUGUGAGGAUAUAGUUUAUCUCUGUCUUUCUGCCACUUUUUAAAGGAAACAUUUAACUGAGUUAGGGUUACCAUUCGUCCGGAUUCCCCCAGACAUGUCUGGCUUUUUUGAGUUAAAAAUAGCGUCCAGGGGGAAUUUGUCAAUGUCCGGACU